CAGAUCACAAAAAGUAACAUUCCAUGCGCACCACCACAACCUCUCGCUCAUGCACAUUAAUUUCCUUCAAACCGGCGGGAAAUUGGCGUCCCGUGAUCCUCGUAGAGCCUCGUAAUUCUCGCUCACCGGAUCAAUGCUCCGCUAUGGAUUCAUGAUCAAAACAUUCGUUGUUUCAUUGCCUCCUCUACUGUUUUCCCUGCAAAGUUCUUACGACGAGACCUUGAACUGCACUUCUCCAUCCUUCACAAAACCCAAAGUACCACUCUUACAGAUUUGACUCCUCUCUGGGACAUCCUCGUGAAUUGUACAGUCCUCAUCCUGGUAUCACUUGCUUAUCUUCUUCUCUUCGGCCGAGGCUCGUCAACACCUCACCGUCAACACCAUGGCCGCCAAUUCUGACUUGCCGUCAAUCAGCCAUGCAACUCUCGGACAAUCAUACUGCGAGCGGUCAUACCACCCCGACAUCUCCCCGCUCGCGGCUUACCUACUUCGUUUGAUGCACUUCAAGCAAACGAAUCUCUGUGUCUCCGCAGACGUUACCACCAGCGCCGAAUUGCUCCGUGUGGCAGAAGAGGUCGGCGAUCACAUUUGCAUUCUCAAAACACACGCCGACAUCGUACGUGAUUUCGGUGACCGGACGAUCAGAGGAUUGAACGAGGUCGCACGGCGAAGGAAAUUCUUGGUGUUCGAAGACAGGAAAUUUGGCGACAUCGGCAAUACUGUACAGCAGCAAUACGUCGGAGGUCCAUUGACCAUUGUGCGCUGGGCACCGAUCGUCAAUGCGCACAUUUUCCCUGGUCCUGCUAUCAUCGACGCCCUGGAGCAAGCAGCAAAUCAAGCGAUAGUGGCUUUCAACAGUUCGGUGCACACGGAUAUCAGUGCUUCCCCUGCACCGUCAGUGACCGACUCUCUGGACGAGCCGAUUGACCUCGAAGCUUUAGAUCGGGAUGACCCUGGUGAGAAAUCGGAAGAGGACAUUUAUGGAGAUGAAUACCAGAACACCUACGAUGCCCGCUAUGCGCGCAAGCAGUCUGUUGUCUCGGUCAGCACCACAAUCAGCAUGAAAUCCGAGAAUGCCACGGUCAACAACAACACCAAUGCUCCCCUCGACGAUCAUACUUCAGAUCCGGCCGACCGGCAAGCCAUGCUUGACCACUUAGGCCCACCGCCCUACCUGCGCUCCCUCCUUCUCCUUGCUCAAAUGUCAUCAGCGAACAAUUUCUUCACAGCACCAUACACCAAAGCUUGCCUCGAGCAAGCUCGCCUUCAUCGGGGCUUCGUUAUGGGGUUCAUCGCACAGCAAUGUCUCAACGAACAACCCGACGAUAUAUUCAUCACCAUGACACCUGGUGUGCAAUUAUCUGCCGGCGGCGAUGGCAUGGGUCAGCAAUACAAUACUCCAUCUGUGGUGGUGGGAGAAAAGGGAACAGAUGUCAUCAUCGUCGGUCGUGGGAUUUUGGCUGCUCCGGAUAGAACCAAGGCAGCGAGGGAGUACCAGAAACAAGGGUGGGAGGCCUAUCUGGCUCGUGUGAGAGGUCGGCGAGCUGAAGCUUCCGGUCAAGCAGGACCGAAUGGGGUGCAAAAAUGA